UGACAUUGACAGUCGGUACGGAAAAGAGACAGGUCUGAAUUCAAGUGUAAUAUUCUCCUGUAACUACAUUUGGACCUUCUUGAUAGCGCUGUUUGGAGUAGCACAUUUGUGCGAGCGAGGCGGUUUCGGGUCGACUGCAGUUACGUCACUGUGGUGCGAGAAGGGACUUCGGAGAAGCAAGAGGACAGACGUUAGUAGUAGGAGCCAAAUGAUACCGUGGAAAAGAGAGGUAGCCGUUUAGCGCUCCGGGAACUGUUUUCAUGCUGCACAAACCACGAGGAGAGCAGGGCAUGGCCGGUAAGCCGUUCCGGGCCACCUUCAUCUGGAGCAGCAUCAUCGCCAACCUCCAGCAGCGCAUCCAGGUCAAGCGCCACCGUCAUAAGCUCAAGACCUACCAUGACUGUUUCCUGGGGUCAGAGGCUGUGGACGUGGUGCUGGCCCAUGUCAUCCAGUCACGGUUCUGCGGCGAUGCCGAGGUGCCUCGCUCCAAGGCCGUACGCCUCUGCCAGGCCCUGAUGGAUUCGCGGGUGUUCGAGGCGGUGGGCACCAACGUAUUUGGGAAUAAGGAGAAGAGGCGUGCCACCUUCGAGGACAGUAGCUGUAGUCUGUACCGGUUGCUUCCGCUUCCGUCUAGUCCCACUACCAUGACCAGCUUGCACUCGACGAGCACCAUCACCAUCGAGAGUGGAUACGACUCACCGAGCAAACACCGGAACAGCUACAGCCCACCUCUCAAACGUAAAGAGGACCAGUACUCCAACAACCACUCUCCGGUCAAAACAGACAAAUCACUAGAGGACGUGUUGGGGAACCUCAACAUCACCUCAACCAUCACCCCACAGAUGAUCAACCUCGGCCUCUCACAGGAGUUGGUGGAUGAGGUGUGGCGCCAGCAGACGGUGUUCAGGCUGCUACAGCUGAUAGAGCUCCCCCUUCUGGAGAGUCUGUUGGAGGGAGAGGAGCGGCCCAGGCCCCCUCUACACAGCAUGGACAGUGACCCAGACCUGCUCUACACAUCCAGCUACCUGGACAGAGAGGUCCUGAAGGCCUUCAGCGAAGCACAGGCUGAUGAGUGGUUGUCGGCGGCGGUGGACUGUCUAGAGUUCCUGCCAGAUGACUUGGUGGUUGAGGUGAGCAGGGGUCUGCCCCGCUGCGGUGAGGACCAGGGCCAGUGUAAGAGACUGGUGUAUGGGAUCCUGGUCCAGCACUACGGAGAGACACAGCACCCUCCACUACUCAGCAACCACGUCUUCGACAUCCACUCCAGCAUCUCUGAACUACUGGUGAAUGGGAAGAGGGAGCAGGCGUUGGAGGCCCUACAGCUGUGUCUGAAACUACAGGACUCUCGCAGUAAAGAGGAGCUACGCAGACUGCUGCGAUUCAUGGCCGUCGCUGCCAAACCGCAGGAGGUCAAACUGCACAAAGAGGUAGAGAACAGGAUGGCGGUGAAGAGAUCUUUCUCUAGUGCCAUCGUCUACAGCAUGAGACUGGCCAAGGGGAAGGUUGACCUGCUGGUGCUGUUUAUGGUGGAAAACCACUGUGACGUCUUCAAGAUUCCAGUGUUGUUGCACAAACUUGUGAGCGACAGACUGACCAACAUUGUGAAGGGGAAAGACCCACAAGUCUUAACAGCCUCUACAUAUUGCAGGCGAGUCAAUGGAAGAGCGUAUGUGGAGAGCAAACAGAAGACCACCAAAGAGGAACUAUGGGCUCUACUGAAGACAAUACAUGAGAACCCCAAACUGUCCAACAAAGAGAAGAGACGCUUGCUGGGACAGUUCUACAAGGGGCAUCCUGACAUCUUUGUCCAGUACUUUGGAAGCAGAUUGUCAAGUGAUGAUCUGUAGCUAACUAGGGUGAUAUUUAAGUGAAUAACUAAUGUAUUAUUUGUAAAAAACAAUAUUUAAAAAAGACAGACAAAGGUGAUGUAAAUGUUGUAAAAAUGCAGUGUAUUAAUAGGUUUGAUUUACUUCACUCAUGUGAAGAGUUGAAUGUGAAAGCUUUAAUAAAAUGUGAGAAUUGUUUUUAUAA